CUGCCAAAAGUCCCAAACAAAGAAGAACAUCGGAUAGUUGUUUUCUGAGCGCACGUUUCCCACCGGAAGAUAAUUUAUGUUGCACGAGCGGCGUCAGUAAGAAGACACAAUGGAUGAAGAACCAGAGAGAACCAAGCGCUGGGAAGGGGGCUAUGAGAGAACAUGGGAGGUUCUAAAGGAGGACGAAUCUGGCUCCCUCAAAGCCACAGUGGAAGAGAUCUUGUAUCAGUCCAAAAGGAAAAGGAUCAUAGAAAGCCAUGGGCAAGUGAAGCUUGGAAUGAUGCGUCACCUCUAUGUGGUGAUUGACUGUUCACAAAGUAUGGAAGACCAGGACUUAAAGCCAAACCGACUCACAUCUACUUUAAAGCUGAUGGAGGCUUUUGUUGACGAAUAUUUUGACCAAAAUCCCAUCAGCCAGGUGGGCAUUAUUACCACGAACAACAAAAGGGCUGAGAAGCUGACUGACCUGGCAGGGAAUCCAAAGAAGCACAUUGCUUCUCUGAAGAAAGCGGUGGACACUGUAUGUGCAGGAGAGCCAUCACUGUACAACUCUGUCAGUCUGGCUAUACAGACCCUCAAGCACAUGCCUGGACAUACGAGUCGGGAGAUCCUGAUAAUCCUCAGCAGCCUCACAACGUGUGAUCCAGCCAACAUAUAUGAGCUGAUCAAGACCCUGAAGUCUCUUAAGGUGCGGGUGUCAGUAAUUGGUCUGUCAGCUGAGGUCCGGGUUUGUACAGUGUUGACCAGGGAGACAGGCGGCACGUACCACGUUAUCCUGGACGAGAAUCAUUUCAAAGAACUGUUGAUGCUGCAUGUCAAACCUCCUCCAGCCAGCUCCUCCUCUGAAUGCUCUUUAAUACGCAUGGGUUUUCCUCAGCACACUAUUGCCUCUCUGUCUGACCAGGAUGCCAAGCCUUCAUUCAGCCAGUCUCAUCUGGAUAGUAGCAGUAGUCCGUGUUUGUCUCUGGGAGGUUACUUCUGUCCGCAGUGCCACGCCAAGUACACGGAGCUUCCUGUGGAGUGUAAAGUCUGUGGUUUGACCCUGGUGUCUGCCCCCCACCUGGCCAGAUCUUUCCAUCACCUUUUCCCUCUCCAGGCUUUUAUAGAGAGUCCUGUGGAGGAGUUCCACGGAGACAGGUUCUGUCAAGCAUGUCAAGGGGAUCUGAAAGAUAAAACUAUAUUCACCUGUCCAUCGUGCUGUAGUAUAUUCUGUGUGGAGUGCGAUCUCUUUGUCCAUACUUCACUGCACUGCUGCCCCUGCUGUGUUCACAAUCACACUGCUCCCUGAAGUUGAGAGGCAACUGUCUGACACAGACUACGACUACAGUCUUGGUGGUCAUGUAUUUGGGUUUGUAUUUUACUCAGACUUCCAGCAUUGACGAGUGGCUCAUUGUAUUAGUGUUGUCUACCGUUGAUAAGAUUGAAACAAUGCACAUUUGAAAGGUUUAGAAUUUGAAGAUUGAAAAUAUGUGUUCCAUUUCAUUGAUCCCUAUUGGUUUAGAGUGAAGCAGACUCAUUCUUACUUGUGAGACUUGUGAGAAAUGCGCUGCACUGUGUGCUAUAUAACCUGCAGUUAUAUAGCACACAGUCACCAGUUUACAUAUCUGAAAUACUUUAUGUGAAGUGUUUAAAUGCAGAUUUUUACUAAAGCUGUAACUGUGUCAUGACAGCUUUUUUUGUAUUUGUUGCAGUACAACCAUUUGUAUGUUGCAUAGUUUUGAUUUUGGGUGUUAAAGCCCCCUCACACCUAAUUUGUUUAACUUUAUAAGUUACAAUUAAAACCCACAACCAAAGGAUA